ACAAUUUCAGCUUGUCUUCCUCCCAGCCCUAUAUUUCUUUCAAAGCCAUGGAGGUUGUUGAGUUAAAGGUACGCUUACACUGCAAGGCAUGUGAGAAAUCAGUUCGCAAAGCUUUGUGCAGGAUCAAAGGGGUAACGUGUGUGGAAAUUGAUGUAGUAAUGAGCAAGAUCACAGUGUUGGGCUACAUUGAUCGCAAAGUAGUUGUAAAAGCCGUGCGGAGGACUGGAAGAAGAGCAGAGUUGUGGUCAUCAUCAUCGUGUCGCCAAGAGGAGCCUAGACUGGCUGGACGUUUUGGGUGCAUUAAUAUCCCUAGAUGGGGUUUUUGAAACUUCAAAUUAUUGUAAUGCUUCUAUUGUCUUGAAUUAGAAGAAACCAAAAACAUGAAUCCAUGUGGAGUAUAAUGUC